CAGAGUGAAGAGAGGGAAUCUCCUUCUGUUUUCCCCGAGAGCAGAGUGAAUGGUCCUCUCCUGGGUCCUCUCUUACUGGGAGAACUGGAAAAUUCAGUUGACCAGAUUCCCCCUCCCACUUCCCCUCAAACACUUAUGCUAAGGCUUGAGUGGGGUGUAGAAAGCAGGCCUGGCAAGGAGAGGCCACUGGGACUUCAGUGUCUCCUCCAUCUCAGGAGUGUGGUGACCACUAUGGGGUCUGGGCUGCCCCUUGUCCUCCUCUUGACCCUCCUUGGCAGCUCACAUGGAACAGGACCAGGUAUGAUUUUGCAACUGAAGCUGAAGGAGUCUUUUCUGACAAAUUCCUCCUAUGAGUCCAGCUUCCUGGAAUUGCUUGAAAAGCUCUGCCUCCUCCUCCAUCUCCCUUCAGGGACCAGCGUCACCCUCCACCAUGCAAGAUCUCAACACCAUGUUGUCUGCAACACAUGAGAGCCAUUGAAGCCUGUGUCCUUCUUGGCCCGGGCUUUUGGGCUGGGGGUGCAGGGGGUGGGCCCUGACCCUGUCUUUCAGCAGGCCCCCACCCUCCUGAGUGGCAAUAAAUAAAAUUCAGUAUAUGCCGAAUUCAAUAA